GCCACCACCCCCAGAAAAGAAUUACACGGCUAAUGUUUAUUCGAGCCACAACAAUAGUACAAGAAGUAGAGAGGGGGACGACGGUGCUGAAUUGACAACAACUACUAGUACCAGACAAAUUAGUGAAGAUAUGAUUAGUGAAAGUAGUGUGACAAAAGGGACUAGUGCAACAUCCUCCGAGUUGCCAUUGAAGCAGAUCAUUUUAAGCGUGGGUUCUAAUGACGACUGGACGUUUGAGAUCGAAAUACACAAAUGGCUACGAAGAAAUUUACAUCCUGUAAUUCGAAAGGCCAGCACUUCUAAGGCUUCACCAAGUGAAUCUCCUAGUGAACCGGAGGUAAGCGUACGGCCUAAGGUUGUAGUGCACACGUAUGAUUGUACAACUGCCGGGGGAGACUCUACGUCCUCGUCAGCAGCUGAAGCGCCGGCAUAUGCGGGUCCGGGUGCUAGGCCCAGCCUGCAAAGUGCAUCUCUGGAAGCCAGCACUGCUGGAGACAGAAAUGAAGCCUUUGAAGAAGACGAUUAUGAAGACGCUGAGCACAAGGAGACGACUAACAAAACUAGAAUAGUGCGCCCGUCCUUCGUGCGAUUUCACCAGCAAUGUCUCAUAGGAGAGAGGCAAUGGCAGCAGUAUUUUGGAGAGGAGGAGGCUGCGAACAAAUUCACUGACGGACCUAGUAGAACAGGUAACGAGGAAGAAAACGCGGCCGAAGAUGCCAAUAGAGUACCGCUUAUCGCACAUGGUACAGAGAAAAGUCCGGUUUUGAAUACCGCAACACCAGUACCUCCAGAGCCUUCGACAACACGAGAAAAAUCGCAUUUCUUCGUGACUUGGCGGCGUCUAUUGGAUGCUCUCUAUCGGGAGGAGAAUUGCGGUAUUACGCACCGCUGCACGAUGCCACUGGCGAAGAUUGAUGUAGAUGGCUGGGAGUGGGCCAUCUUUCCGGAAAUCUUUCAACACUCAUCGAGAACGAUGGAGGAGCACAAGGAUGUUAGGAAAGAUCCUCUAGCUCCUCCACUAGAGCCAACGCAGAUUGCGAUUGAAAUGCACUUGUGGGUGCCAAUCCAAGCCCGUCUGCCGGUGGACUUUUUCUUCAACCAUUAUUUAGAGGGCAGAUCUCGACGUCCAACAACUAGUCCUGAUAAUGGAGUGGAAAUGAAGUUGCCGAACUUUCCCGAAUUCUUUAACGAGCGACGCAUUCGUAAGCGAGCAAUCAGUCUGAGUAACGAACAAUUAGAAUUACUACCUUCUCAACGACCUGCAUCAAGUUCUGGAGCUACUGAUGCAGAUCUCGAUUACGAAAGUUUGAUCUACAAGGUGCCGGGAAAUGAAACACGUGCUCUUCACCGUUUUCUCGGGCGGGCAGGGGAUGCUGGCUUCUACCUCCUAGGCCGUCUUGAGAACCCCUACAACGCUGGCGCCGCUGAGGUCUUACUCAAGCGCAUGGCGUAAAUUAUCAAGAAAUAUACCGAGCAAGUGCAAGAUGAUCUUCUGAUUGCUCUUUGCUGUUUUCGACUCCUGGAUUUUUUGUGACAAAGGAUCGUUUUAUUUGCACAGAAAAAAGACGAAGGCAGGUGGUACUUGCCAGAAAACCCUAUGCGUGAUAACUUUACGGGAUAACUUAAUCUUAAAUUCUUUCUUAGGCAAGCGCUUCAGCUUCUAAAAUGUUCAUCGCCAUUGUGAAGAUCCAGGCAGUUGCAUUCGCGUGCAGAUGUGAAGAAAUUUGAG